CCAGCCAAUGUAGAAGACAGUACUUUCAUCCUCCCAGGAGACGAUCCUAUCAGUGACGAAUCAUCGCAGGAUGAGCAUAGCCAAAUACGUGCACUAGAAGAGGACCAGGGUAUAUAUUAUAACGAAGAAGUUGUUGUUCCACCUCGGUCCGAAUCUGACGACGACAUUCCUCUACCUACUGGAAGCAGCGUUGGUAAUGGAAAGCCAGCGAGCAUGUUGACAGCGGCUGACAGACCUGCAAGUGUUCGAUCGGUACGAUUUUCUGGAACUAAACCAGGACAUUCGGAAGAAGAAAAGGUAAUAAGAGGCUACUGUAAAUGUUACCUGAUAAAGUCUGUAAUUUUGUUCCAGGACGUUGAACCUUCGGAUGUACCGGAGGAAUACGAAGAAGCACUAAGUGAGUUAUAUAGAUGA